CUGUUUGCGUCUGCAGGGUUGAGCGAAGGAGGUGCAGGGAGAUGUGUUUAUUUCCCCCCAGAGUGACUGGAUCUGUCCUCUCCGAGGUCUGAAGCACAGCGUGUGGGACAAGAGGGGAAGGACGGAUGCAGAAGCAUUAAGUUUACUGAAAAUUAUGACCCGCUGGGGGAAGCAGAGCAAAGUUGCCUUUUAUGGUUCCCAGCAAAUCCCGGGCAUGUCUGAGAACAUCCCUCUGCGAGCUCCUCCAGGCUGUUCCCUGUUGAGAAAGCGAGGGGAAAAAAGAAACCCAACCAAACCCAGCCCCUUUUGUCGGCGGGUCGCUGGGAGGAUUCUGCAGUUGGAAACCCGCCCUGCCGGACUUCGGAAGCUCUCAGUGCCUCGGCAGACAUGCACAUGAAAACGGUGCUCAUCCUCCUCGUUCUGGCUUUAGCCACGAUAUUUGCUUUGGUCUGUGUGCUGCUGACCAGAGGAAGAGCCCCCAGCACCUGCCAGCACCAGCCCCCGGAGCAGGAGGAUCCCGAUGACGGCCAGAGCCUGGUCUUUGCGGAUCUGACACCCGAAGAGCUGGCGCAAGUGGUGCGGUACCUGCAGGGAAACCUUGGGGUGCAGCUGGUUGACGCCUCGCGUGCGAAGCCCUCGGACAACUGCAUCGCCUCCGUGGACGUGCAGGUCCCCGCCAAGGCAGAGGUGCUGCAGUUCCUGGAUGGCGGGGGGGCUCGCCCCCGCCGGGAGGCGCUGGCUGUGCUCUACUUUGGGAACCAGCCGGACCCCAACGUCACCGAGUACGUGGUGGGUCCGCUGCCGACGCCGGUGUAUCACCGGGACGUCACAGUGCAGAAGUACGGGGGGAAGGUGCCGUACCACCGCAGACCCGUCACCGGCAAGGAGUACGUGGAUAUCAACGCCCUCAUCCAGCGGGAGCUGAGAAAGGCACCCCGUUUCCUCGCUGCGUGCUGCGAGUCCGACGGGACCGACCUGGCCAUCCUCACGACGGCCCCACGGGGCUUCAAGUCCGGCGACCGCGUGACCUGGUUUGUCCUCUUCCGCGGCGUGGCCGGCACCGGCUACUACCUCUCGCCAGUGGGGCUGGAGGUGCUGGUGGAGCACGGGGACCUCCACGUCUCCCGCUGGCGGCUGCGCAAAGUCUUCUACAAUGGCCAGUACUUUGCCAGCACGGGGGAUCUGGAGCAUGCGUUUGAAUCCAACUUGCUGGAGGUCGUCAGGAUCGAGAAGCCCCAGGCUGAAGCGGUGCUGGGCUCCAUGAGACCCCGGCACCCGCCUGGGUCCCUAGGGCCGCUGCAGUACGAGCCCCAGGGUCCCCGCUACAGCGUCAGGAACAACCGCGUCACCUUCCAGGGCUGGAGCAUCACCUUCGGCAUGAACCCCAACACCGGCCCGCGCCUCUUUGACAUCAGGUUCCGUGGGGAGAGGAUUGUCUAUGAGCUGAGUCUCCAGGAAGCCUUAGCCCUCUACGGCUCCAACUGCCCCGGGGGGAUGUCCACCCGGUACUUUGAUGGCAGCUUUGGCAUCGGCAGGUUUGCCUACGAGCUUGUCCGGGGCCUCGACUGCCCCUACACAGCGACCUACGUGGACCGGCACUACCUGGUGGAGUCAGAGACCCCCAAAACCAACCAAAACUCACUCUGCAUUUUUGAGCACGAUGCUGCCCUCCCUCUGCGGCGCCACUUUUCCGACUCACACUCCUUCUACUAUGGCGGGCUGCGGAAAAACACGCUGGUCAUCCGUGCAGUCUCCACUCUCAUCAACUACGACUACAUCUGGGACUUCAUAUUCCACGGCAGCGGGGCCGUGGAGGUGCGGGUACACGCCACCGGCUACAUCAGCUCCUCCUUCCUCCAUGGCCGAGGCACCGACUACGGCAACAGGGUCGGGCCCCACACGCUGGGGACGAUGCACCUCCACCACAUCCACUACAAGGUGGACCUGGAUGUCGACGGGCAGCUGAACUCUCUUGAGACCCAGGACAUGGAGUAUGAGCUCGUGAAAGACCCCUGGAGCAUGCAGCACACCAUCGAGCGGCCAUACCUCCGCAGGGAGAGGCUGGAGAGGGAGGGCGAGGCGGCGUUCCUACUCAACACCCCCAUGCCCCGCUACCUCUCCUUUACCGGCUCCAAGCCCAACAAGUGGGGGCACCCGCGCAGCUACCGGGUCCAGAUCGUCAGCUUCGCCGGGGAGCAUCUGCCCCCCAGCAGCCCCAUGGAGAGAUCCAUCAGCUGGGGCAGGUACCAGCUGGCCGUCACCCGGCGGAAGGAGGAGGAGCCCACCAGCACCAGCGUCUACAACCAGAACGACCCCUGGACGCCCACCGUCGUCUUUGCUGACUUCAUUGAUAACGAGACCAUCACUAACGAGGACCUGGUCGCCUGGAUCACCGUGGGGUUCCUGCACGUCCCCCACGCCGAAGAUGUCCCCAACACGGUGACCGUGGGGAACGGCGUCGGCUUUUUCCUGAGGCCCUACAACUACUUCGACGAGGACCCCUCGGUGAACUCGCCCGACAGCGUCUACUUCAGCGGCGAGCAGGACACCGGAGCGUGCGGGGCCAACCCGCUGGCCUGCCUGCCCCCCGCCGCCGCCUGCGCCCCCCGCCUGCCCCCCUUCCGAUACGGGGGCUUCCUCAACCUCAGCCUGGCCCCGCCGCCCGGCGGGCUCUGACGGGACGGGCCUGCCGCUGCCCCAUCCCCGCCGGCGCGGGCGGGCGGCCGGUGCCCGGCGUGGGGCGCGGGCCGGGUCUGCCACCGCGGGACGCGGCGUGCUCAGGGUCAGGUUUUCGGAGGAGCUCAGCUCUCGUUUCAGGACUGUGACCAAAGGCAGACUCCAAGCCUCUGAAAAACAGCCCCAAGGGGUGAUUUUUUGGAGACCGCAUCCAGGAGGACACCCAAAGGGAUGCGGGGUGCCCGCGGCCGCUCUCCUCCGCUGGGGCCGGCGGGGCUCCUGCCACCUCGCCGAGGUAGGUCGGGGCACGCAGGGCGAUGGCGCCGGCCGGGGCUGGGCACUGCACCAACCCACGGCUCCCUCGGAGCCAUGGUCCACUCCGAGGGUUUGCCCAGGGUGGCGGGAGCAGGCGGCAUGGCAGCCGCUGUGGCCCGUCCGCAGCCCAGGGGCCGUGGGGAGCCCGAAUUGUCCACCCUGGUCCCGUGGCCACUGCAGGUCCUGGGCUGCCGGGGCCCAGGCGCUGCUGAGCUCUGGCUGCUGCCGCGGUGCCAAGCCCUGGGGACGGGGACGGUGGGUCGGGCUGCGCCAGGAGCCCACGGGAGGAGCACGGGACACACGCUCCCUGGGCUGCGCUGCCCAUGUCCACCCUUCCCCAAUAAACGGGCACUCGGCUGCUUUUCCUGACCAAACUGUUGUGUAGCUCAUGGGUGCUCCUGCGGCUCCUGCCGGCUGCCGAGGCUGUGGGCGCUGGUGCCCUGUAACGGAGGGUCCUGGCUCAGCUCCGGCACUCACGGGGUCCAAGGGCCACAGGGCUAGUACAGCACCCGGCACGGCUGCGGGCGCGUGCUCCGGCCAUGCUCUUGGCCCCCGGGUGCUGGUGGGAGGCUCCUGACAGGGAAUAUGGGACAAACAAGGGAGUUAAUGUGUAACUCCCCAUUAAUCGGUCCUGGCCUUGGCUGCUGCCCGUCUGUGCGCACAGCCCUGGGCUGUGGGAUCCCGCAGCCUCCAGAGCCCAUCCCCGCUGCGUCAGGCCGGACGCAUGGAGAGGUUGGCGAGGGCGGUUCAGCCCCAGCCCCACGGCCCGGCCCUGCCAUGUGGCUGCAGUUGCCAAGUGCUGGCCAACGUGUCCCUGAGGGGACAUCCUGGGGGUGGGCAUCAUCCCCUCCGAACCCUCGCCGUGGAACUGGGUCUGCCCAGGGCCACCCUGCGAUGGGCUCGAGAAGCCAUAACGGCGGCGGUGUUCGGGAGCCGGCUGGGCUCGCUGCGGCGCAGGGAGGGGAUGUCGGGCACGAGUGGGCAGCUCCGGGACACGGCUCAGCGCGAGGCUGCGGCGCUCCCUGGGGUGACAGCGGGGACCCUGCCACAGAGGCACCUCCAGGGCUCGGGGGAGCAGGCGGCAUGCUCCCUGCGAGGGGAAGGUGGCCGCCAGCCGGCUCGGUGCCGGCCGCUGUGUGCCCGGGUGUUUGCGAGCGCUGCCUGGACUCUGCCCGUGUGCUGACGCAAGCAGGCGUGCUCCCGAGCUGGCAGCGACCCGGCUCGCCGACGGCCCCAGACCUUGCGGCAAGCUGGGAACUUUCUGGAUGAACCAUUGGCACCGCGUGCGGCACAUCACGUUACGGCACACGCGUGUGCCGCGCCUCCCGCAGCUGCAUCCGGUGCCUUGGGAACUGCGGGGACACCGUGUCCCCCAGCCAGCCCCUGUCACCGCAGGCACACCGCAGGCUCCUGGGCUGCCAGCCGAUGCCGGGCUCGCUGCGCUCAGACCCCAGUGCCAGAAACAGAGCACCCCCAGUCUGGCCCCAUUCCUCCCCCGGGAAAGCCACCCCGGCCAGUUUGCAAGGCACGUCCCUGGCCGGCGGCACUGCCAGCCCGGCUGCCCGGUGCAGGGGAUGAGCCAGAGCCUGGCAUGGCGCUCCCAGAGCCGGUAGCCAAACUGACCAGGGUGCAAAACCUCAUUCAUGGUACCCAGGAGCAGCCCCUGUAGCCCCGGCUCCGUGCGGCGUCUGCGAGGCCGGGGAUGCACCUGAAGCGCAGGACACGGAGCCGGCGCUGGGAGACCUCUGCCGUACGGACCCCGGCAGCUCCGGCACAGACCUGUCCUGUGGCACGUGCAACCUGGCCCCCGUGCAGGGGACGCUGGCCCGCGCCGCGCCGCUGGCACACGGCUCUGUGGGCAGCGUUCUGCUCGCUCCCGCGCCCGCCGGCAGGGAGGAGGUGGCUGCUCCUGUCCCCUUUCCCAGACUCUCCCCGCUGCGGCCCCAGUUUUCCUGCAGUGACUUUUUCCAAGGCGACCGGAGCACGCCACUCCCCCUCCCCCAACACCUUUUGCCCCCAUUUUCUGCUGUGAAAUCUCUCGGGGAGAAUUUAUUGCUGACUGUUUCAAAAUAUUUUUGAACGCGGAAGCCAAGUCUGUCGCAUUCCUUCACGCCGGCCAAAGCCACUCUGGGUUGAGGACCCCGGGGAUGAGAUGCUGGGGAAUUUGUUUUGCAAGAGUAAUUUGAUUUCCGUGCAAACUUCUGCUUUGUUGGUUUUUUU